GCCGAGGGGGCGGGAAGCGCCGCGCUGCUCCUGGCUCUGCCCGAUCGGGUGACCGACCCGAGCCGCCGGGGGCGCGGGCGGCCCAGCCCUGAUGUGCUGAGGAUUCACACCGUUUCCCUCCCACUGUGGAGCUGGUCUGAACCUUGGAGACGUCAGCUUUCCCAGGAAAAUCCAGAUCCCAGCACCAGCAGAAGCCGAAGCAAUGGCCUCAAAGCCUGAGAAGAGGGUCGCCUCGUCUGUCUUUAUCACCCUGGCACCCCCACGUCGAGAUGAGGCUGUGGUUGAGGAGGUGAGGCGGGCAGCUUGCGAGGCUCGGCCUGGCCGCCCCCAGGAAUCUCCUGCCCCCACGAAGGCACCCGGGGCUGGCUCGGCGGGGAGGCUCCGUUCCUGGACACCCCCUGGCAGGGCUGCAGCCCCAGUGCCAGCUGUUCCACCUCAGCUCUCCAAUGGAGGAUGUUCGCUUCCUCCUCCUCCCCUGGAUGGCGAGGACAUACUCCCCGACCUGGACCUCCUCCCACCUCCACCGCCGCCCCCUCCGGUGUACCUGUCUCCUCCCGAUGAGGAGCCCCCUGCCCCGAUGGGGGCAUCGCUCAUUUCAGACUUAGAGCAGCUGCACCUGCCCCCGCCCCCACCCCCGCCACAGCCCCCGGUAGAGGGGCCUCCACUUCAGCCUCGGCCCAGUCAUCUCAGGCCCGCAGAGGAGGAGCUGCCACCUCCCCCAGAGGAGCCUGUCAGCUUCCCCGAGCGAGAGACCUCCACAGAUGUCUGUGCCUUCUGCCACAAGACCGUGUCCCCCCGAGAGCUGGCCGUGGAGGCCAUGAAGAGGCAGUACCAUGCCCAGUGCUUCACGUGCCGUAUCUGCCGCCGCCAGCUGGCCGGGCAGAGCUUCUACCAGAAGGAUGGGCGGCCCCUCUGUGAACCCUGCUACCAGGACACCCUGGAGAAGUGUGGCAAGUGUGGCGAGGUGGUCCGAGAGCACAUCAUCAGGGCCCUGGGCCAGGCCUUCCACCCCGCCUGCUUCACGUGCGUGACCUGCGCCCGGUGCAUCGGAGAUGAGAGCUUUGCCCUGGACAGCCAGAAUGAGGUGUACUGCCUGGACGACUUCUACAGGAAAUUCGCCCCUGUAUGCAGCAUCUGUGAGAAUCCCAUCAUUCCCCGAGACGGGAAGGAUGCCUUCAAAAUCGAGUGCAUGGGAAGAAACUUCCAUGAGAAUUGCUACAGGUGUGAGGUGCUAAGAAAGAGCAUGUAUAAAUCAGCUUUGGGACAAAGAAGACAGUGACCAAGUCAGAUGAUAAAGGACUGCAGGAUCCUCCUGUCUGUGGAGCCCACGGACCAAGGCUGCUAUCCUCUGAACAACCGUCUCUUCUGCAAGCCGUGCCACGUGAAGCGGAGCGCUGCAGGGUGCUGCUGAGGGCAUCCGAGGGCUGGGGGCCUCGGUCACACGCUAGCCCCACGCAGGGUCUCUCCCUAUCUCAUAUCCCUGCCUGACCUGCUCUUGCACACUAUCCUUCCGAGCCACACAGGGACCAGCCUGCAGCUCUGCCCAUCAUUUCCGGGAUGCAGGGCUGAGCCCCUGCCUCCUCUCAGCUCAGAGCACCCUUCAGACUCUCAGCUGUUCCUUCUCUCCUCUGGGCCCCGGGAGGCUUUUGUACCAUGAACCUCACGCCCAGGGGUCACAUCGCCACGGCUCUGGCCCCUCUUGGGCACUGGCCUUGACCUCCAUUUCCAGGGGGGAGUUGGGGUGAGUCUCCAGGGGGCACCCUGUGUCCCUAGCAAUGACACAUUAGCGCUGGAGGUGCUGAGACCAGCUCUGCCUUGCAGGACUGAGCUGUUUGAGUAAAACUCCAAAGUCCCUUAAAAAGCACUGUUUUUGAAAUUUGGAGUUGAAAUGAUGAGAAACAUUCUUUGGAUUUUUUGAGCAGGGGAAUCUUAAUAGAAGAUGCCUCCCAUUGCUCAUAAAUGUACAAGAUCGUGGCCUACUGGUGGCACGCCCACGGACUUCCCACCUUGGGGACGUGUCAUGCUGACAUGGGGCCCAGACGUGAACCUGAACAACAGGGGCGCGAGCUCAGGGUGACAUGCUGACACCCGAGGACGUCAGCACCCCCUGCACCCUGCCUUCUGGCGCCUUCUCCUGUGUGCAGCAGUGAUUCAACAGACAUGGAUUGAGUGCCUGUUGUAUGCUGGGGAGCAGAGCACAGGAGCUCUGAGUGUUCCUCCUGCAGCCUUGACUACAGAGGGCUGUGCACACGUGUACACACACACACACACACACACUCCUCUGGGACAGUAACAGGGGUGUCCUUCAGCCCAGGCUGCCCUGUGACCUCUGCCUCCUCAAAGCCACACCUAGAAGAUUCUUUUUGCCUUUUAAGGAAAAUCAUUUUUGUUGCUUUGUACCUUUUAAGACAUUUUAUAGGGCAUAAACACAUUAAACAAAAUGUGCUUUCCUCCCUGGGGUCAUCUCAGUGUACCACGUGCUCCUAGGAGGAUGCCCUGGGCUGCAAUUACCAGGAGAGUUUCUCUAUAGGGCCCCUUAAGGGCUUCAGACCAGAGCACAGCUUCUUGCCGGAAGCUUAGAGCAGCAAGUUCCAAACUCUAGGCUUUCCCAUACCUCCACAAUUUUUAUCAUACAAAGACCUCCUAUUCUCUCAUUUCCUUAAUAUUUUCUUUAAUUCAACAUCCUUUUUUUUUUUUUUACCCACCAGUUUAGGCUAUGUUAACUAAGCAAUAUAUCCAUGCAGUCACAUGUCAAUGUGCUAGUUACACAUGAAAAUAAAUGCAUAGCUAUU